UCCCAAUCGUCAUUGUUAUUGAACAGAUCAACCAUUAAUCUCACCACAGUUUUCUUGUUUCUAGAGAGAGAGAGAGAGAGAGAAGAAGAUAUCUCCUUUGUGAAAAUGGUUGAUGUGGCCGACAAAUUAGGUUACUUCCAAGCGAUCACAGGCCUCGAAGAUCCCGAUCUAUGCACGGAGAUCCUCCAAGCCCAUAACUGGGACCUCGAACUCGCAAUCUCCUCCUUCACUUCAUCCGAUCCACAAAACAACGACCCCGACGCCGCUUCCUCUUCCCUCAUCGACAGCGAUCACAAUCGCGAUCCCGAAACCAACGAUUACUCUCCCCGACCAAUCAAUGACGAUCCAGGACUCGGACCUCCUCCGGGAAUCGCGUGGAGGAUCAUCACUCUACCGAUCUCGAUCGUUUCCGGUAGCUUAGGGUUAGUCUCCGGCGCCAUCGGGCUCGGAUUCUGGGCCGCCGGUGGAGUCUUAUCGUACUCUCUCGGUAUGUUAGGGUUCGGAGGACGUCGCGGCGGAGGCUCUGACUCUCGGCUUGUGCCUUCUUCGGCGGCGGGUGAAGCGAUGGAGUUCGUUGCUUUGUUCGAUAGAGAUUACGGGAGGAACGGUUUGAAGCCUGGCUUUGUAACGGAAGGUUUCAUGGACGCGCUUCAGCGGUCUAGGAGCGAGUUUAAGCUCCUUUUCGUUUACUUGCACUCUCCUGAUCAUCCCGAUACGCCUGUGUUCUGCGACGGGACGCUUUGCGAUGAAGUGUUUGCGGCGUUUUUGAACGAGAAUUUUGUUUGCUGGGGAGGUAGUAUUCGUGCUAGCGAAGGGUUUAAGAUGAGUAAUAGCUUGAAGGCUUCCAGGUUUCCGUUUUGCGCUGUGGUUAUGCCUGCUGCUAACCAGAGGAUUGCUCUUCUUCAGCAGGUGGAGGGACCAAAAACUCCAGAAGAAAUGAUUGCUAUACUGCAAAGAGUUGUGGAAGAUAGUUCACCUGUUCUUGUAACUGCAAGGGUUGAGGCAGAGGAAAGAAGAACCAAUUUACGUCUGAGAGAGGAACAAGAUGCUGCUUACAGGGCUGCUCUUGAAGCCGAUCAAGCAAGGGAGAGACAGAGGCAAGAAGAGGAAGAGCGUUUAGAGAGGGAAGCUGCUGAGGCAGAGAGGAAACGCAAAGAAGAAGAAGAGGCUCGGGAGAGAGCAGAGCGUGAAGCCGCAGAGAGAGAAGCUGCUAGAGUGAGAAUGAGACAAGAGAAAGCACUUGCUCUUGGAGACGAACCUGAGAAAGGACCUGAUGUUACACAAGUUUUGGUGAGGUUCCCGAAUGGAGAAAGAAAAGGGAGGAGGUUUGAAAGCAAUACCAAGAUACAGACAUUGUACGACUACGUUGAUUCACUUGGGGUGCUGGAAACAGAAGAGUAUAGCUUAAUAACAAACUUUCCAAGAACAGUGUAUGGAAGAGACAAAGAGUCAAUGUCACUGAAAGAUGCAGGUUUGCAUCCUCAGGCAAGUCUCUUCAUUGAGAUCAACUAAGUUUCAGAUUCUUCUGUUUCCUUCUCCUUUAGCCACUUUUUCAGUUCUUUUUUUUACAUCUCUUUUAAAUAAUUAGUAGUGUUGCUUCAGUGAUCCGAUGAACAAGAUAACAUAUAUACACUCGUAUAUUCAGAAGUUGUGUCAGAUAAUAUUUGAUAUAUUUAUUUCUUAAAAUGGUUUCGCAUUGUA